GGCGGGUCAGUGCCGGGAGAGGCUCCCCCGGCUCCGGGCCCCUCUCCGUGCCCGCCUCGCCCUUUUGCCGCCCGCCCCCUGCCCAGCCCGGGACUCCUCCCCUGCCGCCAGGGCCGCAGCAGCCCCCGCUCCCCCUUUGUCACUGAAGCACAAAGGUCCUCGGCGGCCCGGGAAAAGGGGAGCUCCCUCCGCCCCGCCGUGCUGCUCGGUGGCGGGGGUCGGGGCAGCUCUGGGCUUCUGAGGGGGAAGUGAGGGACCAACGUAGCGCUAUUGGUAUUAUCCCACCCGAGUGCCUCACGCAUCUGGAGCCCCGCUCAGGAGCCGUUCCCCGAGAACCUCCCUGUGCGCUGCGCCGGCCGUGAUACAGCUCCCGCGGCCCGCCCUUCUGUUGAGUCUUCAAGCCCAGGAGGUUCAGCAACAUCUGAUGACCAUGAAUUUGAUCCAUCAGCUGAUAUGCUGGUGCAUGACUUUGAUGAUGAACGGACAUUAGAAGAGGAGGAAAUGAUGGAAGGAGAAACAAACUUCAGUUCUGAAAUAGAGGAUCUUAACAGGGAAAGCAAUAUGCCGAUCCAGGAGCUACUGAGCCGUUAUGGCUACGAUGGUACCAUUCCACUCCAAGAAGAUGAUGAUGAUGAAGAUGAUGAAGAGGAAGAGGAGGAGGGAGAAGAUGAUGAUGAUGUUGAUAAUGAUGACAACAGUGGCUGUAGUGGUGAAAACAAAGAGGAGACCAUAAAAGAUUCGUCAGGCCAAGAAGACGAGACACAGUCAUCUAAUGACGACCCAGCACCAUCUGUUGCUUCUCAAGAUCCACAGGAGAUAAUUCGCCCUCGUCGAUGUAAAUAUUUUGAUACAAACAGUGAAAUAGAAGAGGAAUCUGAAGAGGAUGAAGAUUACAUUCCCUCAGAAGACUGGAAAAAGGAAAUCAUGGUGGGCUCUAUGUUUCAAGCUGAAAUUCCAGCUGGAAUAUGCAAAUACAAAGAGAAUGAAAAAGUGUAUGAAAACGAUGACCAGCUGCUGUGGAAUCCUGACUUCUUACCUGAAGAUCGAGUGAUCGAGUUCCUCAAUGAAGCAUCAAGGCGUACGGGGGAUGAGAAAGGCCUGGAUGCGAUUCCUGAGGGAUCACAUAUUAAAGACAAUGAGCAGGCAUUGUAUGAACUAGUGAAGUGCAAUUUUGAUACUGAAGAAUCAUUACGAAGGUUGAGAUUUAAUGUAAAAGCAGCCAGAGAAGAAUUAUCUGUGUGGACAGAAGAAGAAUGUAGGAACUUUGAACAAGGACUGAAAGUCUAUGGCAAGGAUUUCCAUGUGAUCCAGGCAAAUAAGGUACGAACACGGUCAGUUGGUGAGUGUGUAGCGUUUUAUUACAUGUGGAAGAAAUCGGAGCGUUACGAUUUCUUUGCGCAGCAGACGCGAUUUGGAAAGAAGAAAUACAAUCUUCAUCCUGGUGUAACAGAUUACAUGGACCGUCUGCUGGACGAGAGUGAGAGCGCAGCCUCCAGCAGAGCCCCGUCCCCCCCGCCCACCGCCUCCAACAGCAGCACCAGCCACUCGGAGCGGGAGGACCACAACGGAGUGUCCGCGAACGGGCCGGGUGAGAUACCGAAUAAAGACGAAGUGAAAACGGAAGGAUUGCACGUAAACGGACCCACCAGCGGCAAGAAAACACCGCACACGGAUCUGGAUACAAAUGGGUAUGAAACUGAAAACCUUUCUAUUGACCCCAAACUCGCUCAUUCGGCAGCAAGAAAUGAAAAUGAUUUUGAAGAAAAAAACGAAAGACCUCUAAAAAGAAGAAGAAUUAACAGCAAUGGCAAAGAGAGUCCAGGUUCUUCAGAGUUCUUCCAAGAAACAAACUCACAUGGGAAGCUCGAAGAACUAGAAACUUUGGAUGACUGAAUACUAGGAGCUGAUUUUAUUCCUUGGAGUAAAUUGUGGGUGUCUGAAAUUUUCAGGGUUGAUGGGUUACCUUACAAAAUCCAGUUCCGUAAAACGAUCUGCUGAGAUUUUUUUUUCGAAUGCCUUCUAGUUGGCUCUUAAGAUCUGAUUAUUUGUUGUUUUUCAGUGCUGAAAAGCAGUAGGAGAAUAUUCUUUCUCAGAGCUGGCAACUCCAAGGCUCUUAGAAAUAUUUGAGAAACAAAUCAGUGAGUUUCUGCAAAAAUACUCCCAGCCUAGUACCUUAAAGAAACUUCUGUGUGUAAUACACUAUUUAAAUAUUGUACAAGUGAACAAACCCAUCCUAUUUGAAGCAGGGGGCUGGUUCAAAUGUUGCAGGAGGUUAAAAUGAAAUACAAAUGCCAAGAGAGCAUCCAGACUUCCACUCAUGCUGGCGAGAGGAAAGUGUCACCCAGCGCUAAGGAACCCUCAUGAAUCCUGAAAGUUAUGAGCACAACUAUUUUUAUAUAUAGAAGUUUUAAAAGGUAAAUAAAUAAACCAGGUCAGGUUUGUAUAUGUAAAAUUGUUGACAUCAAUGAUGUCUUUCCAUAUUCUUUAUCUGGGCUAAAGAAAUACAUUCUGUAUUUUUCCAGAUUUCUUUGUAGCCUUUGAAAGAUUUUUACAGUACUUACGUCUUGAUUGAACUGUCCUUUCUUAAAACAAAAGCUUGUAUAAUUUUCUUAACUUGUACAGUUGGUAAACUUUUAUGAGAGAAUUGAUAUCCGGAGUCUAAUGAUGUCAGCUUCAUUUUAUUUUGCUGAAGUCUUUUCUAGAAAAAAGAAGAAAAAAAGAAAACCCCAAACCAAUUGACUUAAAAAAAAAUGCUUUUUAGUCACCAACAUGUUAUUUUCUCAGAAAACAACAUCAAGAAUGGUUAGAAGUCAUUUGAUUUUCAAAAAUAGGGUUUUUUUCUUUUGUUUCAUGGCAAAUAAUGAUGCUAAAAAUUUGUUAAGCACGAUGCUUGCGUUGCACAAAUUUUCUUGCUUUUAUUACACCUUUUUCUCAUUUUAUUUUGAGCUCAGAUAAAUUUUACCUCAGCCAAACGCUGGAGUUUACUAAACCUUAUUCACCGUGAUCAGGUGUUUGUUAGAUUAUCCUUGCAUUUAUUUUUCUGGUCCAUCAAUCACCAUCUGCAUUUCACUGCCUGAGCCUGAAUUUGGGAAAACAGGCGGAUCUGCGCCAGGUGGGGAUUUUGGAACCAUCACACGCACACUUGGACCAGCACAGACACAUAAAUACAUCCGAUAUAUAUAUAUAUAGAUCCACACAGGCAUUAGUGUGACAAGAGGUACAGAUCCCUAUUUGAAGUGAGAGAAACAACUAUUCUUUAUCAAUGUGUGAAGGGGGUGAUGCUCACUGUCCCGCUGGCACCAUUUGAAAGCUGUUGAAGUAGCAUUUGCAUCUAUGAAACAGAUUUAUUUUUUUUUUAAAUACCAGUAUUUGGGUUUUUUAAUAAAAAUUUAUUAUUUUUUUUUUAAGCCACAGCUACUAUAUUAAAAAUAGGAAAAAUUGUUCAUUUGUAUAAUUGAUAAUCUUAUCAUCUCCUCCUCCUGUGGCUUGCAGGUGUGCUGUUAAUUUUUAAUGUGUUAUUUUUUACUUAAAGUAUAUGAGUCUUUAUGAUUCCAGUUUUAAAUGUACGGUCCUAUGGUUUGAAACUGGUGUAUCAGCCUCAAAAACCCCAACCACUAAGGGGUUCGUUCAUGUUGCUGUCAUCUCUAAAUACAUGUAACUUGGACUUAAUUAUUGUCAUUAAUGAGCCAAACCCUGCGGAUCCGACGUUACUGGAGUGAAUGAACCUGCUGGUCCCAGGAGUGUGGUGAAUUAUCCGUCCCGCGCAGGAGGUGUCACCGGCCUCGAGUCACCAUCCAUCGCCUACAGAGACCCAGCGCUGAGGUUCGUUAGCGUUAAUCAAUUAACUGAUUGCUUUAGUAAGACAUUGCUGUUAAUUUUUCAGUCUGGUUUAUUAACAAACCCAAAGUCUCACAGCCUCUCCUCAAAGAUGCUCUUGAGACAGUUUCAGACGGGGCUUCAAAGAGUCUUCACAACUUCAGUCCUAUUUUCUGUUUUAUUUUGAUGCUUUUUGUUUUGUUUGCAAGUUGGAAAUACUUCCAAAAACUUAUAGGAAAGUUUAUAAGUAAAUUGUCUCAGGCUUGUGUGUGAAAUACAGCACUGUGUAUAUUUUUCAGGAAUGUUGCUUUGUUGUUUUUUUUUUAAAUCUUACCUUCUUCUUUUUUUUGGUGAUAUGUAGAAGAGACCUGACAUUCCAUAAUCAACAACUCUGUAAUGCUCAGCUAGACUUUUAAGAAUAUUUAAUUAUAAUUUACAUUUUGUUUUAUGCUGGUGUUUUAUACAAUACUUUGUUUGUGUUCUUCAACAUGCAGCCACUAGAACUUGAUAAGUCAUUGCACUACUAAAGCUAUUUAAAGAUUCUAGAAAUAGAGUAACUUGGAUUUCAUUUCCAAAGCGUUUGGUGCGGUGGGACCUGGUUCCAAACCGCGCUGAAAAAAUCAUCACAUGUGACACUUGGCGUGUUUUUCAAGCGCUAUCGUGAGCGGGGUCCUGGAGAAUCAAAACCUUUGGGGGGUUUAUAAAGGAUUAAACGGGAUAUUUAAAAAAAAAAUCACCAAACCACCACCUACACACAAAAUUUAAAAUGCGUUUUAUACCUUUUUCCACACAUAGUAAUUUUGCACUGUUAGUAAUUCCCUUCUCUUUAUCCCCGCUCCCUGUCUGCAACUCUGAAAAAGCUUAUUAAAAUAUUUUUUUUUAAAACAUA